AUGCUCCUCCCUCGACCUUCUCGACCUUUAUCCCGUGCAUGGAAUCGUCGAAGGUCGGCCAUCGUCGCCCCUUUGCUGGGCUUGAUCCUGUUCCUCCUGUUCCUGCAGACUCGCAUACGCCGAUCCUCUCCCUCUGGCGAUGGGCAGCCUGCAGCAAUACUUCCUUCUACCCGUGCACGGCCGAGUAAUCCUCUCCUCAAAAGCCAGGCCUCGUUUUGGCGAGAUCUAUAUCUCAUCAUCUUGAAUAAUGAUCCCUCCUGCGACCAGCCGCCGGAGGCGGUGGUACCUCAGAGUCUGGAUAUCGGGUUCGAUCCCUCACACGACCACCAGCGGCCAGACAUCCUGUACAUGGAUCCCGCCGAUAUCAAACGCAUGCGUGAGGCACACUCCAACUUCGUAAAUGAUUUGAAAGAUACUCCCCCCAAGAUGCCAUAUGAGCCAGGUACCAGAGGCAUUGUCGUGACGGCCGGAUACAACCAACUUCCUGUCCUUGUGAUCUCUCUACGCAUGCUGCGGAGGACGUGGUCGUUGUUGCCAGUCGAGGUCUUCCUGGCCGACGACUCCGAAUACGACGACGAAAUCUGCAAUGUCGUAUUGCCCACGUUGAAUGCCAAAUGCCUUGUAUUCUCCGACAUCUUUCGGGCGGCUGAAUCCGGAGUGUCGAUUGAUCGGUUCCAGUACAAAAUCAUGGCCGUCAUCUUCUCCUCCUUUGAAGAAGUGCUUCUACUCGACUCCGAUGCCUUUCCUAUCUAUGAUCCUCUACCUCUGUUUCAAGAGGAACCGUUCAACAGUACGGGGAUGAUUAUGUGGCCGGAUUUCUGGUAUGCCUCGGAGUCGCCCUACUAUUUCGACAUCGCCAAGAUCGAAAGCAUUCCGCCUCUCAAUCUACGACCCGCGGUUGAGUCGGGCGAGGUCAUGUUCUCAAAGUCGAAACACCAUUUGUCGCUGAUGCUGGCUGCAUACUACAACUACUACGGUCCAGCAUAUUAUUAUCCCUUACUGUCUCAGGGAGCUCCCGGUCAGGGCGACAAGGAGACAUUUGCUUGGGCUGCCACCGCUUUGAACGAGCCUUUCUAUGCCGUUCGUCGGCGUGUCAUGGCUCUCGGUCGAGUCGACUCCGCCGGAUCUUUCCUGGGAAGUGCUAUGGCCCAGCAUGACCCCGCCGCCGAUUUCGCCUUUGCGGAAGCUCACCCGCUGCCUCACGAGAAGGUGUUUGAUGUCCCAGCAAGAGAAGUGAGGCCAUUCUUCAUUCAUGCCAAUUACCCCAAAUUCGACCCUUCCACUAUCUUCACCGAACAAACACGGGACUUUUCGUCCAAGGUCAUCGGGACUGGCGGUCCCACUCGUGAUACCAACGGAACAUGGGUCCGGUGUUGGAUGGGCGAGGCUCGUGCCAAUGAAGUCUUCGGGUUUGAUGUUGAAAGGAGGUUCUGGGAAGAAAUCAAAGGCACGGCUUGCGAAAAUGAACACCAAUUUGGCUGUUGGAAAGGCAAACAGGGCAUCUGUGACCGUGUGAAGCACUACUGGCAUGAAGUCUUCGAACCUCUGCCGACUGGGGGACAUGGAUCGACCCAGCCUCCGCCGCCGGGACCUUGA